AUGUUACUUCCAAGCAUUCCUUCAUUUUUAAUAUGCCUUUGUGAUUUCUUUUUCUUUCUUGUUAAGUUUGAGGUGAAAGUUGGCACCCUAAGCGAUAAAAUUGACGAGUCAGAAUCACGUAAGCGUCAAUUGCAGGAGAAAGUGGAUAGCUUCAAUGCGGAGUUGGCGAAACUACGCGCUAAUGAACAAUUGAUCACCGGAUCUGAUCAGGAAAGUGAACAAAUAAUAGCUGAUCAGUCAGCGUUACAAGCAAAGCUAGAUGAAGAGUUUAGACGAUAA